CUCCAACACAAAGCUUCUUCACAGUGAAGCAACAAUGGAGUCUCUUCCACGACUCUCCUUUGUAUCAUGCAUUGCCCUUCUAGCCUACUUCGCAUUCCUCGCUUCCGCUGAACAUCACGUCCGUCAAUUCGUGAUUGCGCCGAGACCAGUGACGAGGCUGUGCAGAACUCACCAAAGUAUCACUGUGAACGGUCAGUUCCCUGGUCCAACGCUCGAGGUCAGGAACGGUGACUCUGUCGCAAUCACUGUUAUCAACAGAGCCCGUUACAACAUUAGUAUCCACUGGCAUGGACUUAGACAGAUGCGGAAUCCAUGGGCUGAUGGUCCUGAGUACAUAACACAGUGUCCUAUCCGUCCAGGACAAAGCUAUACUUACAAAUUCACAAUCGAGGACCAAGAGGGUACACUUUGGUGGCACGCUCAUAGCCGCUGGCUAAGAGCCACCGUCUAUGGUGCUCUCAUUAUUUACCCUCGUCUCGGUUCUCCUUAUCCCUUCGUUAUGCCUAAACGUGACAUCCCAAUUCUUCUUGGGGAAUGGUGGGAUAGAAACCCAAUGGACGUUUUGAGGCAAGCACAGUUCACGGGAGCAGCAGCUAAUGUCUCUGAUGCUUACACAAUUAAUGGUCAACCAGGGGAUCUUUACCGCUGUUCCCGGGCUGGGACCAUGCGUUUUCCAAUUUUCCCUGGCGAGACUACGGUUCAGCUUCGAGUCAUCAACGCUGGUAUGAACCAAGAGCUCUUCUUCUCAGUCGCCAACCACCAGCUCACAGUCGUUGAAACUGAUUCCGCCUACACAAAACCAUUCACCACAAAUGUCAUCAUGCUCGGUCCUGGUCAAACCACUAACGUCCUCAUCACUGCAAACCAACGACCUGGCCGUUACUACAUGGCAGCUCGAGCCUACAACAGCGCAAACGCUCCGUUCGACAACACAACCACGACUGCCAUCUUACAGUACGUCAACGCUCCAACAAGACGUGGCCGUGGUCGUGGUCGUGGUCAGAUGGCUCCGGUUUUCCCUGUUCUUCCCGGGUUCAACGACACCGCAACCGCAACAGCUUUCACCAACCGUCUCCGGUACUGGAAACGAGCUCCAGUACCACAACAAAUCGACGAGAACCUCUUUUUCACCGUCGGGUUGGGACUAAUCAACUGCGCCAACCCAAACAGUCCACGUUGCCAGGGUCCUAACGGGACACGAUUCGCGGCCAGCAUAAACAACAUGUCUUUUGUUCUACCACGUAGGAACUCCGUCAUGCAAGCUUACUACCAAGGCAUGCCCGGAAUCUUCACUACUGAUUUCCCGCCUGUUCCACCGGUGCAAUUCGAUUACACCGGUAACGUUAGCCGCGCGCUAUGGCAGCCAAUAAAAGGAACCAAAGCAUACAAGCUUAAAUACAGAGCUAAUGUUCAGAUUGUGUUACAAGACACUAGCAUAGUCACGCCUGAGAAUCAUCCCAUGCAUCUACACGGAUACCAAUUCUACGUUGUUGGGUCAGGUUUUGGUAAUUUCAACCCGAGAACAGACCCGGCUAGGUUUAACCUAUUUGACCCACCAGAGAGGAACACCAUUGGGACACCACCAGGUGGUUGGGUAGCAAUCCGGUUCGUCGCUGAUAAUCCAGGAGCAUGGUUUAUGCAUUGUCACAUUGAUUCACAUUUGGGAUGGGGUCUGGCUAUGGUUUUCCUAGUUGAGAACGGUCGUGGACGGUUGCAAUCAGUUCAGGCUCCACCGUUGGAUCUUCCAAGAUGCUAAUAAAAAUCCUCUACCGUUGGAUCUUGUUUUGUUAUAAUUUUUUUUCAUUAAUGAAAAAGGCUUUGUGGGUAAUUGAUAAUUUGAUAUGUUAAAGAUGGUGAACUGCUCUAUUGAAAGUGGUUCAACCUUUGUACUUUUGUUAUUUUCCUCGUAAUAGAGAGAGUGUUUUGGAUUUUUCCUAUUAUAAGUUUACCAAAUAAAGCUGUGUUCUUCGAUCAU